AUUGCCAGCCGCCUUUUGUCACCCCCAGUGUGACAGUCGGGGUAGAGGGUGUGACGAGAAGGGAUUCAGGAGUGGGAAUCACCCCGAAAUGGGAUGGUUGGAAGCUCUGGGAAUGUUGGUGGAGCUCAGGGAGAGGCAUCUCCCCGAUAAAAUUCAGCAUCUCCCAAAUAAAAUCCACUGGACAUGGAGAGGGCAGUAGGUGGGAAAAAGGAAUCCGUAGGUGCUGGUGUGUCUGGAGGGAGAUUCUCCCACCGUGCUGAGGAUUCUCCCGCCGGGAUCCGUCCCCACGCCCCCGUCCCUCCCUUGCAGGUGCCCCAGAGCUGCGGCAGGCCCGGCCAUGGCCGAGCUGCUCAGCGGCCAGGCCUGGCUGGAGGAGACACCACCAGCCAAGGCCCGGCUGGAGGAGGGGGACGCCAGGAGCGCUCCCUUCGCGCUGGGGCCGGCCCUGGCCGAGGAGCGCGACAGCGCGGAGGAGGAGGAGGAGGAGGAGGAGGAGGAGGAUGGUGAGAAGCCCAAGAGGAGGGGCCCCAAGAAGAAGAAGAUGACCAAGGCCAGGCUGGAGCGGUUCCGGGCGCGGCGGGUCAAGGCCAACGCCCGGGAGCGCACGAGGAUGCACGGCCUGAACGACGCCCUGGACAACCUGCGCAGGGUCAUGCCCUGCUACUCCAAAACCCAAAAGCUCUCCAAGAUCGAGACGCUGCGGCUGGCCAGGAACUACAUCUGGGCCCUGUCCGAGGUGCUGGAGACGGGGCAGACGCCCGAGGGGAAGAGCUUCGUGGAGAUGCUGUGCAAGGGGCUGUCCCAGCCCACCAGCAACCUGGUGGCCGGCUGCCUGCAGCUGGGCCCGCAGCCGCUCUUCGUGGAGAAGCACGAGGAGAAGCCCUGCGAGCCGGCCCUGCCUGGCCACUCCUUCGCCUACCAGGGGCUGCCCAGCCCGCCCUACGGCUCCAUGGAGUCCCACCUGCUGCACCUGAAGCCGCCGGCCUUCAAGAGCCUGGUGGACGCCUCCUUCGGGGGCCACCCCUCUGACUGCUCCACGCCGCCCUACGAGGGGCCCCUGACACCGCCCCUGAGCAUCAGCGGGAACUUCUCCCUGAAGCAGGACGGGUCCCCGGAGCUGGAGAAGUCCUACCCCUUCAUGGCCCACUACCCCGGAGGCCACGGACACGGCUCCCACUUCCAGGGCCCCGUGCCCCGCUACGAGAUCCCGCUGGACGUCACCUUCGAGUCCUUCCCGCCCCACCUGGCCGGGCCCCAGCUCGGCGCCAUCUUCAACGAGUAGCGGGGCCGGGCGCGGGUUUGGGGCAGGGAGAGGUCGGGCCUGGAGCCGUCCCCGGGAUGGGCACGGCUGGGUGAGGCACCUCCAGCAUCUCUGCAGGACGUGGCCCUGGAGGUGGCCGGUGUCACCGCGCCGCUGUCCCAGCUGUCCCCAGGAGCCACGGGAACCCUUCUGGACUCGCAGUGGUCACUGCUGCGUCCCCCAGAGAUGCUCCCGGAGGUGUUUCUGCCUCCAGGAUGUCCGUCCUGACACCAGGUCCAGCCCUGGGAUUGUCCAUCCUGCCCCUGUCCCUCCCCGGUGUGGGGACACAGCCCCUCCUGCCCCUUGGGGUGAGCACUGUCCCUUCCCCGAGCUCCAGUGGGGUCGUGGAUUUCCCAGUCCAGCAGUGGCCGGGUGGGAACGAGCCGGACCCUUGUGGGAAACCAGCACGGAAAAUUCCCACCCCAGGGAGAACCUUUUCCUUCUGCCAUCACGGAUGGGGGCA